CGUGCAGACUAUUUGCGGGCUAUUUGGAUUAUUUGUGAGACACCGGUUAGCACUGCUCGUGUUUCGGCAGGACAAUCGCAUGUUUAGUGCAUAGUAGUGCAUAACUAGAAUUGUUUUCAACAAAAUUGUUGCAUCAUUGAUGACAUUAACUCCGCUAAGUCCGCUGUAGCGUCAUCGGCGGUGGACUAUGACGGUUAUCAUGCCCCAACAAGGUCUUCCAUGGCUUCCAUAUUGUUUUAAUUAUUGAUAUGAGUAGACAGCAACAUGGAAAUAAAGUUGAUCCUAGCCGGAGAUAGGCCCCACCGGUCAGCAAUGGGGGUUAUAUAAGGGUUCUCGUCCGUCUAUGUAGUACACCCUCUUGUACAGAACAUCUCUACCCUUCUACUUUCAACCGACCCAAUUGACGAUUCCAUCUGCAAAAAUGAGCCUCUUUGCGCCCGCCCCCGAACCCCCAACCGAGCUGGGCCGGUACCGCAUCCUUUCCUCGACUGCCGGUAUCCGUGUCUCCCCCCUCCAGCUGGGCGCCAUGUCCAUCGGCAGCGCGUGGAACGACUUCAUGGGCUCCAUGGACAAGGAAGCCUCCUUCAAGCUCCUCGACGCCUUCUACGAAGCCGGCGGCAACUUCAUCGACACCGCUAACAACUACCAGAACGAGGAAUCUGAGUCCUGGAUCGGCGAGUGGAUGAAAUCCCGCAAGAACCGCGACCAGCUUGUGCUCGCGACCAAGUUCACCACGGACUACAAGUCGCACGACUUGGGAAAGGGUCGCGCGCCGAACCACUGCGGUAACCACCGACGCAGCCUGCAUAUGAGCGUGCGGGAUUCGCUGAAGAAGCUGGGUACGGACUGGAUUGAUGUGCUUUACCUGCACUGGUGGGACCACACGACUUCGAUCGAGGAGGUUAUGGACAGUUUGCAUAUCCUGAUUGAGCAGGGUAAGGUGUUGUAUCUGGGUAUUUCGGACUCGCCCGCGUGGGUGGUGUCUGCUGCCAACACGUACGCGCGCGCGCACGGCAAAACACCUUUCAGCAUCUACCAGGGACGCUGGAACGUGCUGCUCCGCGAUUUCGAGCGCGAGAUCAUCCCCAUGGCGCGACACUUCGGCAUGGCCCUGGCACCAUGGGACGUGCUAGGCAGCGGCAAGUUCCAAAGCAAGAAGGCGGUCGAAGAGCGGAAGAAGAAGGGCGAAGGUCUGCGGUCCAUGCUCGGCUCCGGCGAACAGACCGAGGAGGAAGUGCGGAUGUCGGAAGCACUGGCUAAGGUGGCUGAGGAGCAUGGCAUUGAAUCGGUGACGGCCAUUGCGCUGGCGUAUGUGAUGGCCAAGACACCCAAUGUGUUCCCCUUGGUCGGUGGACGGAAGAUCGAGCAUUUGCAUGACAAUAUCCAGGCAUUGAAGAUCAAACUUACUCCGCAGCAGGUCGAGUACCUGGAGAGUGUGCGGCCCCUGGACCCGGGAUUCCCCAACACGUUUAUUGGACCGGACCCGAAGGUGACGGGACAGGCAAGCUUUUUGCUGGCGGCUAACUCGCAGCUGGCGUUUGUGCGGGCUCCUAAGCCUAUUGGGUUGGAGUAAUUCUACAUUUGUAUGUAUGUGCAGAGU